CACACCACCACAUUACCCUCCCUUCUCCCUCCAUUCAUAUCCACUCUAGUCUCGUUCUAAGUAUGCUCUGUGGUUGCGGCUAAGUCCGAUCUUCCACGUUAGAAAGGAUUACUAGAGUUAUACCCUAAAGCCCCUGUCCCUUAAAAACCCGUCGAACCGUCGUCCGACUUUCACCAAAAAAUGGACGAAGAGGCUCUUCGGGUAGGUUCUUGGUUUUUCUUUUGUGAUUUUUUUUAAUCUUUUCAAUUUGAUUUUGUAAUUUUUUUAAUCAAAACAAUCUGAUUUUAUUACUUUUAUUUAUAGAUGGGUGUCGAGAUAUACGAUCCUCGAUUGCAUAUCCAUUAUGGGCCAAGAGAUACGAAGUAUUUAUCCGAUCAAGAAGCACAUCGCUCCCAUGCAAUUUGGGACAACAAUUCGGUAAACACUAUGUACCUUAUCAACAAUUUACUUUAUUUCAUUAUUUUAUAAGGUUUUAUUUUGCUUUCUUUUAACUAACAAAUCGAUAUGUUUUCUAUUUUUUGUAGGAAUCACUUAUUCCUGUCAUUCAUAAAGGGACCAGUAACUUGCCCGCUUGGCAUGAUCGACUGUCGUCAUAUAUAGAGAGGACUGGGUUGGGUAUGUUGAGGCAUUUCAUGCGGAUUGAAAUCGACAAUGAUCUGCUUACGGCAAUGGCAGUGUGAUGGCGCCCCGAAACCCAUACGUUCCACCUUCCGGAGGGGGAAAUGACGAUCACCCUCAAAGACGUCGCAAUCCUCACCGGGCUGUCGAUAACUGGAGAGUCCAUCAUUGGUACCACUACCAAACCCGAAGCAGGUUAGGUUCCGCUCAUUCGUGAUCGUUUGAGCUUUGACAUGCCGACCACCAGACCAAUUCAAGGACGGGGGCAUCCACCAUUGAAUGCGGGACAAGUGUCGAUCCCGUGGCUUGUUACUCACAUCCAAAAUGAGGUUGAAAUCGGCCCAGAUACUUCGAAAGAUCAAGUGGAGCGCUAUGCACGCAUCUACCUCAUUGGUUUGGUCGGUGGAUUUAUGUUCCCCGACAAGUCAAACCGGUGGAUUCAAGGCAUAUGGUUGCCAAUGCUCCUUGGUUACUGGGACGCGAACGGGGAAAAGAGUUGGGGAUCGGCCGUGUUAGCUGGCAUAUAUAGGGAGUUGUGUACUUGCUCGAAGGUAGGAGCGAAACAAGCUGGUGGUGCGAUGUUCAUCCUCCAACUCUUGGUGUAGGAGCAUCUUCCAAUGUUUGCACCUCAAGACCCACGUCCAUACUGGAGAGCAGAUGAUGAGCAACGAAAUGUGCAAAAUCCCCCCUAUGGUGUCAAGUAAGUUUAUUCCAUACUUAGCUAGAUUUAAAUUUAUUCCAUGCUUAGCUAGAUUUAAAUUACAUUUAUUCCGUACUUAGUCUAUUUGUAAAUUCAUUCCAUGCUUAGCUAGAUUUAAAUUAAAUUUAUUCCGUACU